UGUACAAGAAAAAAACAUCAAGGAUUGCUCUCAAAGACAGAAUGUGAAGAACUGAAGAAAAAACAGACAGAACUGGAUAGAGUAAAAUUGGAUAUGAAAAAAUGUAUAAAAAACAAAGAAAGGCAACAGCGCUAUCGAGAUAAUUUCAAACGAAAGCUGGAGGACUUAGAUGAUGAAACUCGCAAACAUCUAAGAGGAACAACCAUUGGUCGGCCACCAAUUGUUGAAGAUGAGAAUCUUUUGCAUAAGGUGAUUGUAGAUAUUGCCAUAGGCGGUUCAGCGGCAGAUGACAGACGGCGUUCUGAAGUUAUCAGGACGGUCAAAACAUUGGAUGAUUUGACUGCCUCCUUGAAGAAACAAGGGAUCCAUUUAUCUAGAAGUGCAGUAUACCUUCGGCUUCUUCCUCGAAAUGCUACAACUCUAGAGGGUAAGAGACACUGUAAAACUGUGCCUGUCAAACUGAUUAGAGCACAGAACGAUGAACAUUCUCGCCACCAGGACAGGUAUUUUGCUCGAGCAUCCAUUUCCAAUUUGGAAGAGUUGGCAUCACUUCUAGGACCAGGUGAAGUCACUUUUCACUCGCAGGACGACAAAGCGAGAGUUCCAAUAGGACUGACCGCCGCCAAUAAACAGGCACCUUUGAUCAUGCACAUGGAGUAUAAAAUCAAACUAAGUGAUCAUGAUUUUGUCAUUGCUGCUCAACAUAAGUUGGUACCAUCAGUGAUCGCAGCAAUAUCGAUUGGAAAAAACAGUUUUGAUAGUCCCGGUGUUACUUAUUCUGGGCCAACGUAUGUGGGAAUUCGAAGUGCUAAACAUUCCUCAUCAUCUGCGCUGCAUCACUUGCAUGAUAUGAAACGUAUUCUAUCCUUGCCUGAAUUCCGAGAAAGCAUGUAUUGUCAAGAUGGACUACCGAAACCCAUUAUGAUAAUAACUGUGGAUGGAGGCCCAGAUGAAAACCCUCGGUACACAAAAACCAUUCAGUGUGCAGUGGAUUACUUCUGUUCAUACAAAUUGGAUGCUUUAUUCAUCGCAACAAAUGCCCCCGGAAGGAGUGCGGUCAACCGUGUCGAGAGACGCAUGGCUCCGCUUAGCCAUGAUAUUGCAGGACUUGUACUGCCGCACGACCAUUUCGGAAGUCAUCUUAAUCCACAGGGUGAAACGGUGGAUAAUGAGAUGGAAAAACAAAACUUCGAACAUGCUGCAAACGUUCUAGCUGAAGUAUGGUCAAACACUGUAAUUGACGGGUACCCAACAGUAGCAGAAUACAUCCCUCCAAGUCAACCUGACGACCCUGUACUGGAAAAAAAUCGCCUGUGGCAUGAACAACAUGUACGGGAAAGCCAGUACAUGCUGCAAAUUGUGAAAUGUCGUAACCACUCAUGUUGUGAGGAGCCAAGAAGUUCAUAUUUUGACAUUGUCAAGGAGCGCUUCCUGCCCCCUCCUAUGCCACUUUCGCAGACAGAAGAUGGCUUGAUGUGUUGCACUAAUGAUGUAACGGCACGGUUCCCAUCACUCUUUGUACAUUUAGUACUAGGGAAUUCAGUUCUUCCCACAAGAACAAAGAACAAGUUUGCUAAGGGACUACCAUACGACUUUGCAUGUCCAAGCUUACAGAGUGAACUACAAAAACGUAUUUGUGAUAGGUGUGGUCUAUAUCACGCCUCCAUCAAGUCGAUGACAUCCCAUUCCCGAAUGUGCCGAAAUAAAUAUCCGACUUUGAACCACGAAGCUCAAGCAGCCGUGCAUCGUAUCUGCCCUACACGUUUGGCUGCCAAGCGUCAGCGAGAACUGAUGUGCGUCAUACGAUAUAUGGAAAAUGAGGAAUUUGAAUGGCUUGAUGAGGACGACGUUGACAUCGAUGGAUUAGAAGUUCCAACCAAUAUAUCGGUUGUUAACGGCACACCUCUGCUUUCACCUGAAUCCCGAGAAUCUCCUUGGGAAAACCAAAAUUAAAAUAUCUAGUGUAUUAAAGCAUUUCAGCCUGA